GAGCAUAGUUAACUAAUAAUUUAGUAUUUGACGUGGAGGCGAAGAGGACACAUCAACCAAACAAGCGGACAUCAAAUUCAAAUUUUGAAAGUAGAAGUCAAAAUGAAAUUGCUCGCAGUGAUAUUGCUGUCGGUUUUGAUUGACCCCUGUAACUGCUAUUGGGGUCGUAGCGGGAGCAGGGGCGGCGACCGGAGCCGUUCUAGGUCAUGUAAUGUUAAAGGCAGUGAUGAAGCAGUCUUAGCUGAGUUAAAUGAGUUCAUGCGUCUGUACAAGGACGAUUUGAUUGAUCCUAAUUUGUGUGCUUCUCCCACUGCUCCUGAUUGCAGCUCUCUUGCUGCGAGAUAUACAGACGACUGUGUGAUCCUAGCUUCAUCAUUUUGGAGAACUUUUGAAGGAAGAGAAGAUGUCCUAAGCUUUCUUGAAAAUAUACUAAAGGCUCAGGACCCUACGUCAUAUAUCGAUGUUGUUUUUGACAAAGUUAGCGUGGACAAAAGAAGUGCUACCGGCUACGGUCAGGGAAUUCUAUAUUCCAUAAAUGAUCAAGGCGAGACGGUGGUGUUUGAUGUAAUGCGCGUCAUGAUCCACUUCGUUCGGGUCAAAGAAGGAAGAAAUUGUGUUUGGAAAAUCAAGUUCUGGCUCGAGAACAAAGAGUUCGAUGCUAAAUAAUAAUUAUAAUGUGAAAAUUAACGAGCAUUAAAAAAUAAAAGUUGCUAGCAACAA